AUGUAUGGUGAAGAAAAAUCUUAUCCGCCAGAGUUGCUUAAUGCAGAUGAAUCAUUGACUUAUGAUGCUUUGGUUGUUGGUGCUGGUGUCAUCGGACCAUGUAUUGCUACCUCUUUAGCUAGAAAAGGCAAAACCGUUUUAAUUGUUGAGCGUGAAUGGACCAUGCCAGACCGUAUUGUGGGAGAAUUAAUGCAACCCGCGGGUAUCCGGGCAUUACGUAGCUUAGGUAUGGUCCAGGCUAUUAAUAAUAUCGAUGCUUGUCCCGUUACUGGUUACACGGUGUUCUAUAACGGUGAUAAAGUUGCCAUUCCAUAUCCAUAUAAGGCUGAUUCCGAACCCGUUGAUGCAAUCCCAGGCUUAGUGUUCGACGGAAAUGAUAAGGUUGUAAAUGACGAUACGAUUAAGAUAAAGGAAUUUGAAGAAGAUGAAAGAGAGCGUGGAGUUGGGUUUGUACAUGGGAGAUUUAUACAGAACUUGCGUGCUAUAUGUGCCGCAGAGAAAAACGUGACGAGGUUACAAGGUAACGUGAUACAAGUAUUACGGAACAAAGAAAAGGAAGUUAUAGGAGCCAAGGUUGAUAUCCCAGGCCGCGGCAAAGUGGAUUUCAAGGCUCAUAUAACCUUUAUAUGUGAUGGUAUUUUCUCCAAGUUCAGGAAGGAACUAUCGCCGGAGCACGUUACAUCAGUCUCAUCAUCCUUUGUUGGAAUGUCGCUCAUUCAUGCUGAUCUUCCAUCCAAGAACCAUGGCCAUGUUAUUCUAGGCCAAGAUCAUAUGCCUGUGCUUGUAUACCAGAUUUCGUCCAUUGAAACAAGAAUUCUAUGUGCUUAUAACUCACCAAAAAUUCCCAGGGAUGUUAAUAAAUGGUUACGUGAGGAAGUUAGACAGUGCAUCCCAAAACAGCUCCUUAAGUCAUUUGACGAAGCUGUAGCCGCCGGAAAAUAUAAGUCGAUGCCAAAUUCGUGGUUGCCAGCGAGACAAAAUAACGUUCCUGGUAUGUGCGUAGUAGGUGACGCUUUGAAUAUGAGGCAUCCAUUGACAGGUGGUGGAAUGGCAGUCGGUUUACUUGACGUUGUAUUGUUGGUCAAGACCAUUGGGGACAUGGAAUUCUCGGAGAGGGAAAAGAUUUUAGAUGAAUUACUAGAUUUUCAUUUUAACAGGAAAGGGCAUGCAGCCGUAAUUAAUACCCUAUCGAUAUGCUUGUACGCUUUGUUCGCAGCCGAAGGUCUCUACUUAAAGAAGUUGCAAAAAGGUUGUUUCAGGUACUUUUUAAGAGGAGGUGACUGCGUCAGGUUACCAGUAUCGUUCCUUUCAGGUGUAGCACCCAAACCAUUGCUAUUGACAAAAGUAUUCUUUGCAAUGGCAUUAUACUCCGUAUAUGUUAAUUUUGAAGAGAAAGGUACUGUUGGCUUUCCUUUGGCUCUAUAUGAGGGUAUUGCAAUAAUGUAUACCGCUGCUAGGAUCUUCAGCUAUUAUCUAUACGAGCAAAUGAUUGGUUAA